UUUUUAGUUUCGAUUUGAUACAUAUCGAAAGUAAAACAAUAUUUAUAAUUAUAAGUAGAUUAAUUGUAGAAUGUUUACAAGUGCCGCGACGAACAUAGACAUGGAUAGAUUACAUGAAUCUGACGGUGGCUGUGAAGUUGAAGACCUUUUAAACAAGAAAGACUCAGCCAUUGUGGUAUUAAAUGAUCAUCAGUCUUCAUAUGGAUCCACGGAUCCAACAAACAACAGAUGUUUCCAGUUUAUUAGAAAUAAUAAGAAAUGUGCACUUGGUCUGUGUAUAACAAUAGCUACUGUUACUAUUGGAUAUGGAGUGCUAGCUGCCAAAGUGGUCCAUAACAAAUCAGACUGCGAAUCACAGCAUAAUGCUAGCUUAGCUACAGUCGAACAGUAUAUUCAAUCACCAAACGUAGAAAAAGUGCUUCAGAAAGAUGAUGAUUAUAGUGCAAACCCUAAUGGUCUGUGCUAUCCAAAUAUCUGUAAAAAGUGUUCAAUAAACAUCCCUGCAAAUACAUCAAGAUUAGAAGGACGGUCCUGUCCAUACAGAAAGCAAGAAUGUUAUCGGUGCAACGACACAUGUCUGGAGGCAGACGUCAUCCGGGAAAAGAUAAACGAGCACAUCAAUUGCAACAACUUCCAGACAUCUAUUGAUUGCUGCAUCGUGUUGUCAGUAAGCGGAGACAAACAAUGCGGUUAUCACGGUGAUCUUGUCUGCAUCAAUUCUACAUACACACCGGUUUGUCAAUGUCAUCUCGGAUGGACAGGUCCUUUCUGCAAUAAAACAGACUUGGUUAAGACAUUGUGCAAAUGUGAUGUAAGCAAUCAGACAAUGGCCGAUGAAAAUAAAGCACCCAACUGUUCCAGCGUUGUUCGUCCUAAAGACUGGCUUUUUUGUAUCCACUGGUUGAGGAAUGGUUCAAAGUGCAUAUGUGCCAAUAAUACAUCUGGCUUCUUCAAUGAUGAAAAAGGCAUUGUUGAUUGCUUUUAUGACAUACCACAUGAAAGACCACAUGAACAUUACUCGCAUCCAUAACUAAUUAUAGCUGCAGUAGGUUGACGUGAAUGUUCUCCGCGUGGAACAACGAAUCUCCGAGGCAUUGUCUCUUAGCACGAAGAAAUGACGACCUCGCUUGGUUGACUGUUUUUUGGUUUUGUGCAACUUUUUGUGCAACUUAUUACAAAAUAAUUAGAAUGGUUAAGAAUUAGCUAAUCGUUAUCUAAAAAUAAUAUGUUUAUUGCGAAUAAAUAUGUCGGUUUGCUCAAGACAGAGCUAAUUUAAACUUUAAUUCUAAUACUGUUAACAAUAAAUUGAAACGAUAUUCAAACAGCUAUAUUUGUAUCACAACGUCAUUAAAAGCGUAUUUUUACAAAUUACGUAAAUGGACUUUAACGAUUUACUGCUUUUGUAUGAAACUUAUAAAUUACGAAUACUUAUUGUACUAUUAUAAAAAUAAAUUAAUUUCGUUUUUAAAGCGAUUACGUGUAAGAGCAAUAUAACAUUGCUUAAAGUUUACUUAACCUAUUUAGGUUGUUCGAUAAACCGCUUAAUAACUGGUAAACCGGGUGUUAUUUGCAACUAGUGCCUGCAAUAAAUUGACAUAUGUUACACAGAAAAAAUCCUUGCUCUUGGACAAGCGAUGGAACAUUUUAACUAGCCUGUGUCUGAAAUUAUUGCAUUGAAGGGGCCUUUUCACGUUUUGGUACAUUUACAAAAUUUAAAAAAAUGUUUCAGAUUCGCAAAUGUUCGUUUUAGUUAUGAUAUUUGUGAGGAAACAGUAAAAUUGAACAUUUACAAUGCUCUAAAAUAGACAUUAUAUGUAUCUUUUGACGAUUUACAUUUAUAAAGCGUUGCAACGCGAAACGAUUGAAUAAUUUUGAGAGUUCCGUUGUUUUUCUUAUAUUUUGUGAAACUACGAGGAUUGGUUAUAUAAAGUAUAAAAUACAUCACUCAUUGUAUGAACACGGAUGGCCAAGUGGUCUAAGAGGUACACUUUACUCCAGGACUCCAGGGAUCAGUGGUUUGAGCCAUGUUGAUGGUUACUUUUUUUUCUUUCUUUUUUAAAUCUUGAUUUUUUACUGGAGCUUUUUAGAUCCAAUGGUUACAUUUAUUAAUAUAAAGCAUUUAAUGGCAAACUUCAAUACAUGCCAAAUUGUGUGAAAAAGCCCCUUUAAGUCAAUCAGGAUAUUUUUUUACCCAAAACAACAGAUCAAACAUCUUUAAAACCGAUUUAUCAUAGAGUAAGCUGCAAGUGCAUUUUUAAAACUUCACGUGGACGCGAUUUUCGUUAAACAUGAUAUUGAUGUUCGUCUUAUUAAAAAACAAAUACGUUUGUUGUCGCUGAUACAGUAAUGUGCAUAAGUGCAAAGUCAAGAUACCCAUGUUGGACGGGCCAACGAGAUUUUACAUUUUGGGAUUUUUAUGAAAAUAAGCAUCUCGCUAUUGUUAACUUGUUUAUUAGGUUAUUGGUCUGGAUAUAUAGUGUUAUUUAUCAUACCAUCGAUUUUGAUAUAUGCCUGAUAUAACGUUGCCUGAUAUAUUUUUAUAUCAUGGUCAACAGUUAGUUCUUUUAUCAGUCAUGUGUGGAGGAUGGUCAUAUUACUCGGAAUCAACUAUAGUAAUCAUUGUUAAAAAAUCGAAUCAGAUUCAACAAAACAAACCAUUUUAUACCAAGAUGUAAUAUAUUUUAAACACAAGAUGCAACACAAACAGCAAAAAAAUCAUUUUUUUUUUAAACUAAGCGCGCGUGCUCAUGACGUCAUUAUUAACACGUCAAACGACAAAAGUAAUAUUCUUUCCCGCUAAAACUGCAGCUUUUAGCGAUUUUUUUUAUUAUUUCUUUAAAAUCGGGGACGUAGAGGUCUGAUGAACAGAAAAAAACAGGUUACUGCCUUAUCUUUUUGCAAUAUAUCAGGCUCGGCACGAAUAAAAUAACAGCUCGGCAAGCCUCGUCGUUAUAUUGUUAUAAGCUUUGCCUGAUAUAUUACAAAAAGAUCAGGCAGUUACCUGUUAUUCUCUAUAUUUUAGCAAAAAAAAAACGAAUGUCUGAAAAGGUCAUCUAAAUGCGUUAAACAAACAGCCGUCUUAAACGGUAUGUCGCAGUUAUUCGUGAGAUGAUUAUGAUUAUGCUUGUGGUUGCAUUUUUAAUCAUUAUUGCAUGACAUGUUUUACUUUUUGUUUUGUUCAAAUAAGUGACCAGUAUUUUUAUGAAUUUUUUUGCAAGUGUGUGAAUAUUAUUUGUUUUCGAACGAUGCCUGAAGUUAGCGUCAUCUAACAAAUCACACUGCAGUGCUUAGUUAUGUAAUUGUAUUCGUGUAUAAGUUCAAUAAACAAAGCAAUUGUAAAUUGUGUUUCAAGAAGUGCACAUGUUUGGAGAAUACAAAUACUUUGGUUGUUCAGAUUUUGUUGGAUGUUUUUAUUCUGAAUACAUUGAGGUAACAUAUACUCAAAACCAUUGACGUUUUGCAAAGAAUAUCUAUUACAUGAAUACCAAAUGCUUGCAUUGGAUAAAGCUGAUUGUUGCACAAGUUUUGUUUGAUUUGUCUUUAUUCAAGGAGUAUAUUAAACGAUGAUGCAUGCUGCAUUGAAUAAUAUAUUUUCACAUGUCUUAUUAAUGUUUAUGCUGCCAUUAAAACAUAAGUAUUG